AUGUUGCUCCCCCUUCGAAAGGUGUUGGUCGUUCUUUUCGGUCUCUGCUGGGCUGUUGCAGCACAACAAUCUGCAGAGUCCAAGAUUCCUUUGUGUGCUCAAAUAUGUCUACUGGAGGCCUUCCAGACCAAAGCUUGUGCGCCCACAGACAAGGCAUGCAUUUGCACCAAUGCAAAGUUCCAGGCACCGGUCUCAGCAUGUGUUGCUGCCAACUGCACGAUUCCUGAAGCUCUCGUACAGCCUAACAAGCAUUCAGCAACCAAGAACUACAGCUUGAGGAACUGCGGAGCGCCCAUCCGCAACCGCGGGCCAAAAUAUGUUGUGAUAUCAAACGUCAUGAUCUCCAUCACCGCCGUCUUCGUGAUCAUCCGCUUCGCCUUCAAGAUUGUCUACUCGAAGCUCGAAAUCGGCCUCGACGAUUGGGCUGUACUAGCAUGUGUCUUGACUGCUAUUCCCAGUGCGAUUGUCACGGUCUUUGGAACCGUCAGGCACGGUCUUGGUCAAGACAUAUGGACUCUCGAACCCGAAGAAAUCACCAAGAUGCUGAAAUACUUCUACGUCAUGGCGUCGUUGUACUUUACAGAGCUCUCCCUGCUAAAACUCACGCUCCUCUUCUUCUACAUCCGCGUCUUUCCCAGCAAGCCCGUCCAGCGCCUACUCUGGGGCACUGUCAUCUUUGUUGUUCUCUGGGGGUUGGUAUUCGUCUGCCUGGCUAUCUUCCAAUGCCAGCCGAUUAGCUACUUUUGGACACACUGGGACGGUCUUCAUGAAGGCCACUGCCUUGACAUCAACGCCAUAACUGUGUCAAACGCUGCCAUCAGUAUCUUUCUGGACUUAUGGAUCCUUGGUAUUCCUCUCUGGCAACUCUGGGGCUUGAAGAUGCACUGGAAGAAGAAGGUCGGCGUCGCCCUGAUGUUCUGUGUUGGUACAUUCGUCACUGUCGUCAGCAUUCUGCGCCUCUCCGCGCUCGUUCACUUUGCGCAAUCAUCCAAUGCCAGCUGGGAAUUCUAUGACGUCUCCCUGUGGAGUACCAUUGAGAUCAGCGUCGGCUGCAUGUGUGCUUGUUUACCCACACUCCGUCUUCUCCUCGUCAAGAUCUUCCCUGUCCUUGCAGGCUCGACUACACGCAGCAGACAACAAUACUACAAUUACGGAAGCGGCAACGAACUCAAAGACAUCAGCGCAAACGCGAACUCUCGGAACCCAAGGAGCCGCACAUCGAAGAGCGGACUGUCAAGCAUCGCUCGGUCACAAACGUCGCCACCCUUCCCACACGACAAUGGCAUCACAGUCAAGACAUCGUAUACCGUCGAGCGCAUGCACAGCGAUACGGACGAAGCAAGUCUGGUGUCGCAUGAGAACGAGAAGAAAUAG